AUGUUGUCUAUGAAUGGUGGCUACUGGUGGAGCAACAGACUUUCUCUGAGAUGGAGAAAAACUAGCUUGUUUGCCUGUUGGCUUUCGUUUUGCGCAGCAGAGAGCUUCAUCACAUGUCCCUCCUCUUGUAAGUGCAACAGUGGUACCCUGGAAGUGGACUGUAGUGGUUUAGGCCUUUCAUCCAUUCCCUUGGACAUUCCUACUAGUACCAGGACCUUCCUUUUCCUUAACAAUCAACUCAGCACCUUGUCAGAACAAGCUUUUUCCAAUUUUUCUGCUCUUCAGAGACUGGAUCUUUCCAACAAUUUCUUAGAUCAACUUCCUGAGAAUGUUUUCAGAGACCUAGUUAAUCUUACUGAACUACAGCUGAGGAAUAAUAGCAUCAGAAGUUUGGACAAAGAUCUUCUGCAGAACACUGUUCUUUUGCAUCAGUUGGAUCUCUCCAUUAAUGGACUUGCUCAAAUUCCCUCAGGAAUUUUUGAUGAUUUGCCUUCUCUUCGCUGGCUUUCUCUCCGAUCAAACCGUCUGCAGAAUUUGGACAGGGUAACUUUUGAGCCAUUAAUCAGCCUACAACAGUUACAUGUGGGAGAUAAUCCAUGGGAAUGUGACUGUAAUUUGAGAGAUUUUAAAUAUUGGAUGGAAUGGUUCUCUUAUCGAGGAGGAAAGAUAGACCAGCUGGCAUGUACUUUGCCUAAGGAGCUGCGGGGGAAGGAUAUGCGCUUGGUACCCAUGGAGAUGUUUAACUACUGUUCCCAGCUGGAGGAUGAGAACAGCUCUACUGUGCUGGACAAUAUUGGUCCUCCUUGCACUAAGGGAAGUCAAACUGCUCCCAAACCCAAAACAAGUCCUGAAACAGAAGAGGAGCCCAGCGUGGGUUGUCCCCAGAAGCAAAAGCCACGACCCAUCAGUGUGCGUCGAGCCAUUGGCACAGUCAUCAUUGCUGGGGUAGUUUGUGGCAUUGUGUGUAUCAUGAUGGUGGUGGCGGCAGCCUAUGGCUGUAUCUAUGCAUCUCUCAUGGCUAAGUACCAUCGGGAGCUGAAGAAGAGGCAGCCAUUAAUGGGUGAUACAGAGGGAGAACACGAGGAACAAAAACAGAUCUCCUCUGUGGCGUGA